AUGCUGGGCUUAACCGUGAUAUAUGUACCUCUGGAGAGUAGGGAGUUCACCACGGAGGAGGGUAACGCCGAUAAGGAGUUGGUGAAGAGGCUGGAGGGUGUGGUGGCCCACUGGAACACCCAAAUCAAAAUAGCCCUCUCUGACCAGGAACAAGCGAGCCCGCACGAGUUACUGUGCCUCGACGACGAAUAUGACUUCUGGACUUAUCGAUACGACAAUCUCUGCGGCUUGAAUUACCAGCUACAUAAAAAUACGGUGGAGCUUAUUGUCGACAUAUUGUUGGCUGCGCAGUCCACUUACAUACGUCAGUUCCUCAUGUUGAAGGACGAGAUCGAGCACGGUACGGUCGAAGCAAAAUCGAACAUUGAGUUCCUGAGCAUUCUGAAGGACACUUGCGCCGAGCUCAAGACUUGUACAACCCCCGCGAGCGUGGCUCAGUAUCUGCCAAAAAUGAUGCAUCUCUUCAGGACGAUUUGGCUCAACUCCCCUUACUACAAUACCCGUGAGAGGAUAAGCAAUCUCUUCAGCGCGCUCAGCAACCAGAUCGUCGUCAUGUGCAAAGGCUUUAUCAAUCUGGCGGAUGUAUUUGCGGGCAAGAUCAGGAAGAGUAUGAGGACCUUUGACGAGUGCAUCAAAUUAUGCGAGGAUUAUAAAGCUCUCUAUCAUAAGAUCGCGAGCGCUCACAUCAAUCUCACGUAUCGCUCAUGGGACUUGGACACGAAGAGCAUAUUUCGUUACAUCAACGUUUUCAUCGGCAGGUGUCAGGAUAUGAUCGAGAUUUGUCAAGCAAUGAUUGAUUUUGCAAGAUUGGACGAGACCACCCAGAUUUUAAGUCCUAAAUUCAGCGGUACAAACGGCGAGGAGCAUGAAAGAGUAUGUCAAAAGAUUGAAAGGCUUUUUUACGACGCUGUGAGUAAAAUCGAAGCAAAUUUGCACAAGAUUUUCACUGUACACGAGUCUACAUGGCACGAUGAUAUGAUCAUAUUUCGCACCGAAAUGAGGGAUUUAGAGAUAAUGAUCGAAAACUUGAUAGCCAUCGUCUUCAUGAACGUUAAUAACAUUCAAGAAGGGAUCGAGAAUUUGCGGAGCUUCUACAAUUACUUGAAUCGCAAGAAUUUGAAAUUGCUAUUCGAUAGCAAAAAUAGCAGUGUGUGGCAGAUUUUGGCCGACGAUAUCCAACGGACAAAGCAGGAGGUGCUGAACGAGAGGGAAGAAUAUUCGUCAAUCACACCGUAUUACGCGGGCAGAGCGUUGAAUCUUCGUCUGAAAGGUGACCGCCUGCUAUCGACGCGAAAGAUGCUGGAGAAGGCCGAGUGGAUGCCCUAUUGCGGCAUGAGCGAGGAGAUCUAUCAUCAGGAGGACAUCGUGAUCAGAUCCAUCGAGGACUCCAUGAGGGACCUGCACGUAAAAUGGCUGCACGACGUCGGUGAUAAUCCGCGCGCGCGACUUGAUCGCUACCUGAUGCGGCGGAGCGACGGUAAACCCGGCCUGCUGGAGUGUAACAUCGACCCUAAUAUCCUGAAUCUCUGCCGCGAGUGUUUCUAUUGGAUCAGCUUGAAAUUCAACAUACCCGUGCACGUACAACUGAUACACGACAAGUGGGACACGCUGCACUUUAUCUACGAAAGUGUCCUCGCUGUCACGCUGGCGUAUAACAAGAUCAUCGAAGCAUUGUCGCUGACAGAACGUGCGCUGUUUCGCGAAUUAAUUCGGCAGCUCGACCGGAAGAUCAAUCCCGGCUUAACCAAGCUGACGUGGAACACGGAUUACGUGGACUCGUACAUUGAGAAUUGUUUCAACGAAACGGCCAAUUUCCAGGACUUCAUCGAUACUUACAAGAACGUGAACUCUAAAAUCGUAAGAAUCUGCGAGAACAUCUGCGAUGCCCCGAUGAUCAAGAUAAGGGUUAAUUACACGUAUACGUUGCCUAUAUUGGAGAAGGAACUUUUGCACAGACGAGGCAUUCCAAGUUAUGACUCAAAGACUCGAUAUGGUAUUUCUGUACGUCAUGGAGAUUUACGACGGCUUCAAGAGCGUAAUACAAGAGCGUUCAAUCGUUCUAAUGUAUUUCACGGGAAAACUAAAUUCUUCCUGUACAAAAGUACAAAAGCACCGACUUCUGGGUACACCCGCUUGAUAGAUCGGCAUAUUAAACCGCAUUAUUGUUUCCCUCCUUCUCAGAGCCGCGCAGAAUGGAAAGAUUAUUUAAUGAAAAUCGAUACGGUAAUCGAGGAAGCCAUCAGAUUGUGUUUGAAGAAUUCUUUGACCAUCAUGUUUGAAGCCCUUCACGGCGCUGACACGACAGGACCUUCACCUCUUCUAUUAAUGCAAGCGGAUAUUAUCGAUAACAAAAUAAACUUGACGCCGAACCUCUUGGAGAUAGCUACAGCAAUAGGAAGCAUUUUGGAUAUUUUGUUGGGGCCCUUGAAAGGCGUCUUGCGACUAGUUGCGAAGUUUAAAAUGCUUCCAGAUAAGAGUUUUCCCUUUUCGAAGUUGUACAAGGAGGACAAGGAACUGAUUGAACUCCAACAGAAAAUCAAUAACGAGAUGAGUCACUGCUUCGUUCAGGUGCAAAAUUAUAUCAAGAUCUGGGAACCAUUCAAAGAUGUGUGGGAAGUAAAUAAAGACUUGUACAUUCAAAGAUACGAGAAGCUGAAACCAACGGCGGCAUCUUUUGACGCGGACAUAAGUAAAUACCUUGAUGUGACGAAUAGCGUACAACUACAGGAAACUAUGGCGACAGUGCAUUUCCUAGAUAUAAAUUUUGAUGGAUUGAAAGCCACUAUCAUCGAACAUUGUUCAAUGUGGCAGCAGAAGCUCACCGCACUUUUGUUACGCAUGACCGAUGCAAUGGUCGACCACGUUUAUCAUUACAUCGUUGAAAAUUCCACAAAAAUAACGAAGGAACCGACGGAUCUCAUCAGCAUGCAAUCCGCGCUGCAAUUGUUCGAGAGGCUCACCGCCGAGAUUCCGAAAGAGGAGGAAGAGUUCCCCAAGAUCCAGGAGCAGCACCAAACUUUAGAAAAAUACGAAGUGCCGCUGACUUAUGACUUCAAGAGAAAAUUAAAAGACAUCGACCGCUCCUGGACAGCUUACUUGGAGUUACUUGCCACGUGCAAAGUUACUUUGCUUGAAAAAAAGGAAGAGUUUAAGCAAAUAUUGCUGACUGACACGACGAUGUUCGAAGAAGAUAUAUCCUCCUUGGUGCGCAAAUUCAACGACACCGGACCCUUCACGUCCGACUGGAAUUCGACGGACGCUUUAAAUUGGCUAGCCAUCUUCAAGAGGGAAAUACAUUCCCUGAGAGACAGGGAAAGCUGGUUGAAAUCACAACUGACGAUUUUUGGCAUAAAUUACCCGGAUUCGCGAGAACUCGCGCAACUCGAUAAAGACGUAGCAGUGAUCGAAUUGGUGUGGCAAUUGACGGGCGAAUGGAACGACGCCUGGGAGCGCUACAAAACCGGAAAUUUCUGGACGAUAGAAUUGGAAGAGAUGGACACAACCGCUAAUCUCCUCCUCCGGAAACUCACGAAACUCGGCAAGGAGCUCAAAGAAAAGAAUUGGGAUAUCGUCGAGAAUACCAGAUCAAGAGUCGAUAAAUUUCGACAUACAUUGCCGCUAAUAACGGUGCUGAAGAAUCCGGCGAUGAGACCGAGACAUUGGAAGCGAGUCAAAGAUACGAUCGCUCGUGACUUCGACGAGACGUCGGAGGACUUCACCCUAGACGCGAUUAUCAGGAUGCAAAUGCAUAAUUUCGCGGAGCAGAUCAGUGAAAUCUCAAACGCAGCCACGAUGGAGCUCGCUAUCGAAGCCGGACUCCAACACAUCAGGGAUACUUGGGAAACGAUGCCGCUUAGAAUGACUCCGUACAAAGACAAAGGAAUAUACAGACCAAGGGCUAUAAAUGACAUAAUUCAGACUUUGGAGGAUCAUCAGGUGCAACUCGCGUCCAUGAAGUCAACGAGGUUCGUGAAGCCGUUUGCCCAGGAAGUCGAGCACUGGGAGCGGGCACUGUCGACGAUCAGCGAAGUUUUGGAAAUGGUGUCGGUGGUACAGAGGGAGUACAUGUAUCUCGACAAUAUAUUCACCACCGAGGACAUCAGGAAACAACUCCCAAAGGAGACGGACGAUUUUGACAAACUGACAAGCGAGUUGGCUGAGCAUACGUCAAGGAUGGCUUCCUACGGUCUGGCGUUGCCAGCCACUCAUAUUCCACCCGACUUGCUGGAAGUCCUGAACAAACUCAACGACAAGUUGGAGGCGUUGCAACUGGCGCUCGAGCAGUACCUGGAAACCAAGCGGCGCGUAUUUCCAAGACUUUACUUUGUCUCGAACGACGACAUAUUGGAGAUUCUGGCCCAUUCUAAGCGACCGGACCUCAUACAGCCGCACAUCAGGAAGCUCUUCGUGAACAUCAGGUCCUUGAAGCUCGGCAAGUCGCUGACUGGGAAACAUGUGGCUGAUGGCAUGUGCUCGAACGACGAGGAGUACAUCGAGUUUAUCCAGCCGGUUUUCUUGGAGGGCCAAGUCGAGCACUGGUUGUGCGAUCUCGAGGCCGCGAUGAGGGUGACCCUGCGCGAGGUGUUGAGGCAGUGUCGGACAGCGCUGCGAAAAAUGCUCGCGAAACGCGACAGGUGGGUGAAAGAAUGGCCGGGCCAGCCGGGCAUUACGUCCACUCAGAUCCAAUGGACGAGCGACUGCACGCGCACCCUGCUGCACUGCAAGAUGGCGGACUCGAGGAAGCCGCUGCGAAGGCUCAGGAAGAAGCAGAAUCAGACGUUGGACAAAUACUCCGAAGCGAUACGGGGUGACCUGAGCAGGCUGGACCGACUGAAGCUCAAGGCGAUCGUCGUUAUUGAGAUACACGCGCGAGACGUCGUCGAGAAGAUGUACAAAAUGAAUUGCAAAAACGCGUCUGACUUCGAAUGGCUGUCGCAGCUAAGAUUUUAUUGGGAGGCGGACAUCGACGAUUGCGUUGUCCGGCAGACAAACACUCACUUCAGAUACGGAUACGAAUAUCUGGGUAACACUGGCAGACUCGUAAUCACUCCGCUGACAGAUCGAUGUUACAUCACGUUGACAACGGCUCUUCAUUUGUAUCGCGGCGGCAGCCCAAAGGGACCUGCGGGUACCGGGAAAACUGAAACGGUUAAAGACCUGGGAAAAGCGCUGGGUUUCAACGUAAUCGUGCAAAAUUGCUCGGAAGGGCUGGACUACAAAAGUAUGGGCAGAUUAUUUUCUGGACUGUCGCAGACCGGGGCCUGGGGAUGCUUCGACGAAUUCAAUCGAAUUAACGUCGAAGUGUUAUCGGUAGUGGCGCAACAGAUCCUAUCGAUACUGACCGCUCUCGCCCAGAGACUUACGAGAUUCAUUCUCGACGGCGCCUCUCUACCUCUGGUACACACCUGCGGCAUCUUCAUCACAAUGAAUCCUGGUUACGCCGGACGUACCGAGCUUCCAGACAAUUUAAAGUCUAUGUUCCGACCAAUUUCGAUGAUGGUGCCGGAUAGUGGCAUGAUUGCCGAAAUCAACUUAUUCGGCGAAGGGUUUCGAGACACACGCACGCUUGCUAGAAAGAUCUUUACUUUAUACUCUCUCGCCCAGCAGCAGCUUAGUAAGCAAUGCCAUUAUGAUUUUGGUUUGCGAGGUAUAGUAACGCUGACUCGAUACGCUGGCAAGAAGAAACGGCUGUAUCCCAAUUUGCCCGACGAGGAGAUAAUUAUUCUCGCCAUGAAAGAUAUGAAUGUCGCCAAGCUUACAUCGGACGACCUACCGCUAUUCCUCGAUAUCACCACAGAUCUUUUCCCCAACGUAGACGUACCAACCGUGGAUUACGAGGAAAUUAUCAGUUAUAUAACCAGCGAGGCAAUCAAGUUGAAGCUGCAGCCAAUCCCCAUGAUAGUAACGAAAGUUAUCGAACUGUAUGAAACAAAGAGCUCGCGUCACUCAACGAUGAUCGUCGGCUCGUCAAACACCGCAAAAACCGCAACAUGGAAGAUUUUGCAGAAUACGAUGACGACAAUGAAGAGCGAUGGAAAGCCGGGCUUUAACACCGUUCACGUACAUCCCAUUAAUCCUAAGGCACUGAGUCUCGGUGAACUCUACGGCGAGUACAAUCUUUCGACCGGAGAAUGGCUCGACGGAGUGAUAUCGUCCAUCAUGCGGAAAACUUGUUCCGACGACACCGCCGACGAAAAGUGGAUCCUCUUUGAUGGACCUGUGGACGUUGAUUGGAUUGAGAACAUGAACAGUGUCAUGGAUGACAACAAGAUACUGACGCUGGUAAAUAACGAACGUAUCGUUAUGCCCGACCAAGUCUCGUUGCUCUUCGAGGUGCAAGACUUGGCUGCCGCCUCUCCCGCGACCGUCUCCAGGGCAGGCAUGAUUUAUAAUGAUUACAAGAAUCUUGGUUGGCGUCCGUACGUCGAGUCGUGGUUGCAAAAGUACAGAGAGAAACCGGAGUUUGUCGAGGAGAUGAACCAGCUGUUCGAGAGCCGCGUUAACGUUAUGCUGGGAUUUAAACAGCGGAAUUGCGAGGAACUCGUGUCUGUCGCCGAAUUAAACGCCGUUCAGUCGCUCUGCAAGCUCCUCGAGGUACUCGCGACGCCGCAAAACGGCGUGGAAUUGGGCGAUGACCGCGACCUUUUCGCCAGCAUGUGUAAAAUGUGGUUCUUCUUCUGCGUGAUAUGGUCACUGUGCGCCUCGGUCGACGAGGACGGUCGCCAGAAAAUGGAUAAAUUCAUAAGGGAAAUUGAAAGUUUCUUUCCGUUACGGGGCACAGUGUACGACUACUACGUGGACGCGCGUAUGCGCACUUUUGUCUUGUGGGAGGAAAAAUUAUCGCCCGCCUGGAAAUUUCAGGCCGACCUACCGUUCUACAAGAUAAUAGUACCUACGGUAGACACGGUACGAUACGAUUACGUCGUAAGUUCUCUUCUAUCGAAUGGUUUCCCGGUGCUCGUAGUGGGCCCAGUGGGUACAGGAAAAACGUCGACUAUCCACUCGGUACUUGAGCUCCUAGACGACACGAAAUACACUGGCCUGCUUGUAAAUAUGUCGGCCCAAACUACAUCCGGUAACGUACAAGAUGCAAUAGAGAGCAGACUACAGAAGCGAAAGAAAGGAGUUUACGUUCCCGCGGGCGGUAAGACCAUAAUCGCUUUCAUGGAUGAUUUUAAUAUGCCGAGGAAGGAGAGGUACGGGUCGCAACCGCCGUUGGAAUUGAUCCGCCAGUGGAUUGAUUACGGAUUUUGGUACGAUCGCCAGAAGCAAACGAGAAAAUACAUCGAGAGGGUGCAAUUAAUAGCUGCGAUGGGACCACCUGGUGGAGGCCGCAAUGUCAUCGCGAAUCGAUUAGUCACGAAGUUCAAUGUCAUUAACAUGACUUUUCCGAAUGAGAGGCAGAUUAGAAGGAUUUACGGCACGAUGUUGAAGCAACAACUUUCCGAAUUUCACGCCGAAGUGAAAGGGAUAUCGAAUGAGAUAACGUUCGCCACGAUCGAGCUGUACAAUCGCGUUGCCCAGAAGAUGCUCCCCACUCCGACAAAGAUGCAUUACUUGUUUAAUUUGCGUGACAUUUCCAAGGUCUUCCAGGGGCUGCUGCGCAGCCAUAAGGACUAUCAGUAUUCGAGGCAGACUUUCCUGCGAUUGUGGGUCCACGAGAGUUUCCGAGUUUUCUGCGAUCGGCUUAUUGACGAGAAGGACAGAGAGUGGUUCGUGACUCAGCUGAACGAUCAGCUCGGCAAGUACUUCGAGUUGACCUUUCAAAACGUCUGCCCGGAGAAGAUAUGCCCGGUUUUCGGCGGUUUCAUGAAUGCCUGGGAUAUAUACGAAGACCUUCCUGAUAUCGGUGCUAUAAGGCGCUACGUGGAAGAACAGAUGGAUGAGCACAAUGUUUCUCCUGGCGUGGUGCGCCUCGAUCUCGUUCUCUUUCGCGACGCGAUCGAACAUGUAUGCCGCAUCGUUCGUGUAAUAUCGCAGCCCCGCGGUAAUAUUCUUCUGGUUGGCAUCGGCGGUAGCGGCAGACAGUCACUUUCGCGCAUUGGCAGUUACAUGUGCGACCUGGCCACUUAUCAAAUUACCGUUACCGCGCAGUACAGGACGCCGGAAUUUCGUGAGGAUCUCAAGACUCUGUACUCAAUAACCGGGCUGGAGAACAAACCGACCAGUUUCCUCUUCAGCGAUACUCAAGUAGUGGAGGAGCAGUUUCUGGAGAUUGUCAACAAUAUGCUGAGUACUGGCGAAGUGGCUAAUCUCUACAAGAGCGACGAAAUAGAGGACAUAAAAAAUAGGCUAUCGAGCGAAGUAACAAGGGCCGGGAAGACACCGACGACCGAGACGGUGUAUGCCCUGCUGAUCGAGAGGGCGCGUGCCAAUAUGCAUUUGAUCCUGUGCAUGAGCCCGAUCGGCGAUGCCUUCAGGAACAGAUUACGGCAGUACCCUUCCCUGAUCAAUUGCACGACCAUCGAUUGGUUCUUGGAAUGGCCGAGAGAAGCUCUCCUCGAAGUUGGCAACAAGUUCCUCAUGAAUCUCAAUCUGACGCUCACUAUCACCGGCGAAAAUAAAGUGGAACCGCGACAAUCCGCGACGGCCAUACCGUUGCCGCCGUUGCAGGACCGAAUGCGCGAUGGAAUUGCAGCAUCAUUCUCUUUGAUCCACGACACGGUGUCCCAGUUCUCUCGCAGAAUGGCCGCCGAAAUGAAGCGUUACAACUACGUGACUCCCGUGAAUUUUAUCGAGCUGGUGGCCGGCUAUAAAGAGAUGCUGGCGGGAAAAAGACAGGAUUUAGCAGAUCAGGCGAACAAACUUCGCGGCGGCCUCUCGAAGAUCGACGAUACCCGGGUGAAAGUUAAAGAAAUGGCCGCGGAGCUCGAAGUCACUCAGCGGCAAGUUCAUAAAUCUACGGGGGAGUGCGAAGAAUUCCUCGUAACGAUAGUAAACCAAAGCCGCGACGCUGAUGAGACGCAAAAACAGAUCACCGCCAAAUCGCUCCGUAUCGCCGAGGAGCAAAAAGAAUUCAAGAAGCUCGAGGAGCUCGCGAGGGCCGACCUGGCGACCGUCGAACCUGCCUUGAACGAGGCCAUCAAGGCGUUGGAAACUUUGAGCAAGAAAGAUUUGUCCGAAAUAAAAUCCUUCGCGCGGCCGCCGCCGAAAGUCGAGAUGGUGAUGGAGGCCGUGAUGAUCCUGAAGAACUCGGAACCUACGUGGGCGGAAGCGAAGCGCCAACUCAGCGACGUGAACUUCAUUAAUACGCUUCGUGACUUCGACAAAGAUCAUAUAUCGGACAGAGUUCUACGAACAAUAGCCAAGUACACGUCCAAUCCCGAAUUCGAUCCCAUAAAGGUCGGUGUGGUGUCUGCUGCAGCCAAGUCACUUUGCAUGUGGGUGAUAGCUAUGGAAAAUUACGGCAAGCUGUACAGAAUCGUGGCACCGAAACGGGAAAAACUACAAAUCGCGUUGGAGUCGCUGAAACAGAAGGAAAUGGCCUUAAAGCAGGCGAUGCAGCAGCUGCAGAGCUCGCGCGAGGAGCUCGAGAGAUUACAGCGGAUGUACGACGCGAAGAUGAAAGAAAAGGAGGAUUUGAUUAGGCUGGCUGAACUGUUAAAGCUGAAAUUAGAGCGCGCCGGAAUGUUGGUGGACAGCCUUUCCGAUGAGCGAAUCCUAUGGGAAAACACAGUGGCGUCAUUAGCCGAGUAUUUUGACUGGCUGCCAGGUGAUUGUUUGAUAUCUACCGGAUUUGUGUCUUAUCUCGGUCCGUUUGUAUCCAAUUACAGGCAGGAACUGCUGAGCAUUUGGUUUAAGGAGGUGUGUGAUCGAGAAAUACCGACAGCACCAAAUCUAGAUGUGAAGGAGUUCCUAGCUGAUCCAUCGACAAUCAGGGAGUGGAACAUUCAGGGAUUACCAUCCGAUGGCUUCAGCACAGAGAACGGCAUUAUAGUGACGCGAGGAACACGCUGGCCCCUCGUAAUCGAUCCGCAAUGUCAGGCGGUGAAGUGGAUCAAAAAUAUGGAGGCGAAAAACUCACUGAAAGUAAUCGACUUUGGUCAAGCAGACUUUAUGAGAGUUCUGGAAAAAGCAAUUCAGUUCGGAAAUCCAGUAUUGCUCGAAAAUAUUGCAGAGACCCUCGAUCCGGGUUUGAACCCGCUUCUCCAAAAAGCUUUCGUUAAAUCAGGUGAUCAAGUGAUGAUCCGAUUCAACGACAAAAUGAUCACUUACAAUGAGCAAUUCCGGCUGUUUAUGACUACGAAACUCUCGAAUCCCCACUACGCUCCGGAGAUUUCAACUAAAACGACAUUAUGCAACUUCACCAUUAAGGAGCAGGGACUCGAAGCGCAGCUCCUAGCAAUUGUGGUCAGGAAAGAGAAGCCGCAGCUCGAAGAACAGAAAGACAAUCUGGUUCUCACAAUCGCAUCCGAUAAACGGACUCUCAAAGAACUGGAGGAUAAAAUACUUCAUUUGCUGAGCGUGGCGGGAGAAACUCUUCUAGAUGACUUCGACUUGCUGAAUACCCUGAAGACGUCAAAGGCAACGUCCAUUUCCAUUCAAGAAUCUCUGGCUGUUGCUGAGCAGACAGAAAAGGAGAUAGAUCUAGCGAGAGAAGGAUAUCAACCGUGCUCGAAGCGCGCCUCGAUUCUCUUUUUCGUCCUGAACGACAUGGGCGCUAUCGAUCCCAUGUAUCGGUUCUCCCUCGACGCGUACAACGCACUGUUUAUGCUUUCCAUUGACAAGAGCUCUAAAGAAGCGAACUUGUCCGAGAGAAUCAAUAGUUUGAAUGAUUAUCACACACACGCGGUGUACAGGAACACGUGCCGAGGUCUGUUCGAGCAGCACAAGCUACUCUUCUCUUUUCACAUGUGUGUCAAGAUAUUGGAUGCGCAAGGUAAGAUCAUCCCAGGGGAAUACGCGUUUCUGCUCCGCGGCGGGAUCGUGCUGGACCGAGAAAAUCAGCCGGACAAACCCGUGCCGUGGCUGCCGGAUGAAACUUGGGACAACAUCACGGAACUCGACAAGCUGCCCGGAUUUCACGGACUCGUUUCUUCUUUCGAGCAGCUCCCGCGAGAUUGGCACAAUUGGUACAUCAGCACGGAGCCGGAAGCUACGUCGCUGGUCGGCGAAUGGGAGGAAGGAUGCACCGAGUUUCAGAAAAUGUUAUUCAUCCGCAGCUGUCGACCUGACAGAAUAUCAUUCUGCAUCAUGACCUAUAUUGUGCGCACUCUCAGUCAGAGUUUCGUGGAGCCCCCUGCACUCGAUCUGAAAGCAGUGCUACACGAUUCUGUGGCGCGGACACCAUUGAUAUUCGUUCUUUCGCCCGGCGUGGAUCCCACCGGUGUGCUCAUGCAGCUGGUGGAUAAUCAGGGCAUGACUGCCAAUUUCCUGACUCUAUCGCUAGGCCAGGGACAGGCUCCUAUUGCCACAAGCAUGAUAGAGAUCGGUGCCAAAGAAGGGUCUUGGGUAUUUCUUGCGAAUUGCCACCUCGCGCUCAGUUGGAUGCCCAAGCUCGAUAAAAUCGUGGAAACGCUCGGCUCCGGCCAAACUUUACAUCCAAGAUUUAGAUUAUGGCUCAGCUCAAGUCCGACACCUCAGUUUCCUAUAUCGAUCCUUCAGGCCGGGACAAAAAUGACUACCGAGCCGCCAAGAGGAUUAAAAGCGAACAUGAAGCGCCUUUACGGUUUAAUCACCGAAACGCAGUUCGACCUGUGCCAAGAAAAGUCUAAAUAUAAAAAGUUACUGUUCACGCUGAUCUUCUUCCACUCUAUUCUCCUAGAACGGAAGAAAUUCCAGCAGCUCGGCUGGAACGUAGUCUACAGCUUCAACGAUUCCGAUUUCGAGGUUUCCGAGAACCUGCUGCAAGUUUACCUGGAUGAAUACCCAGUCACACCGUGGGAAUCUUUGAAAUAUCUCAUAGCAGGUGUUUGUUACGGUGGUCACGUGACCGACGACUGGGAUCGCCGGUUGUUGAUGACGUACAUCCAACAAUAUUUCACGGGAGACGUCCUGACUACCCCCCAUUAUCGUUUGUCAUCACUGCCCACCUAUUACGUGCCUCGCGACGGCUCCUUGGAGUCCUAUCGCGACUUGAUCGCGAUUCUGCCGAACAUCGACAAGCCGGAAGCGUUUGGUCAGCAUCCAAACGCGGAUAUCACUUGUUUAAUGACGGAGGCCAGAAACAUGCUUCAGACCCUCACGAGUCUUCAAGUGCAGGUGGUCAGCGUCGAGAUGGACGAGGACAAGGAGCAGAAGGUAAUGCAACUCGCGAGCGAUAUUCUCUCGAAAAUACCGGGCACGAUCGAUUACGAGGCAACGGAGAAGCUGAUAGGGCCGCACAAAACACCAUUGGACGUGGUGCUCCUUCAAGAGAUCGGGCGGUACAACGUGCUGCUGGCAAAAACCCGCGACAGCCUUGAAGAACUUGAACGUGGAAUUAAGGGAUCGGUGCUGAUGUCGCGGGAGCUGGAAGAAAUCUUCGCGCGCAUAUACGACGGGCAAGUGCCGUCUUCAUGGCUGACCGCGUAUCCGUCUUUGAAACUGCUGGGCGCUUGGACGAGGGAUCUAAUCAAUCGAGUCGAGCACUUGGCCAAUUGGGCUCAAACCACUCAUCCGCCGUUGCUCUUCUGGCUAGCUGCGUAUACAUUUCCAACCGGAUUCCUUACUGCGGUACUACAAACUUCGGCGAGACUGUGGAACGUAUCUAUCGAUUCGUUGUCAUGGGAGUUUACUGUCUUCUCAACCGACGAGUCUGCUAUAAUCGAGCCGCCCGUGGACGGCGUGUACAUACGAUCCAUUUUUCUGGAAGGCGCCGGCUGGAAUAAAGAGAAUGGCAUUCUCAUCGAGCCCGCGCCCAUGCAACUUGUAUGCAACAUGCCGGUGAUUCAUUUUCGACCUGUCGAGCAUGUUAAAAAGAAAGCCAGAGAGUUCUACAGCUGUCCUUGUUAUUAUUAUCCCCAGAGGAGCGGCGACCAAAUGAGAUCUGCGUUCGUAGUCGCUGUAGAUCUCAAAGCUGGAACACAAGGUUCGGACUUCUGGGUGAAACGCGGCACUGCGCUUUUAUUGAGCCUGGCCGUGUAAAGUUUUCAGUUAUGAACGUUAAUUCAUGAGUCAUCAAGUCUCAGUUUAAUUUUAGCAAUAAUGUGAGUGCGUAAUGUUGAGGAGUCCCCUGUUUUUAAUAUUCUCUCGUUCUUCUUGUUUCUUUUCAUUUAUAUUAUAUAACUAAUAUAAAUUAAAUAUAUGGAUUUAUCAUGU